GCGGAACGUAAUAGAAAACCUGUCCAGUUUGAGAUAUGUCUGAUGCGGAAGAAGCCGCUUCAGAUUCCAAAGGAAGCGAUGAAAAUCAGUUGCAGAUAGAUGCUAAAAGUACAAACACCUCGUCCAGCGAUCAAACCCAAACAACAGAAAGCUCACAAAACGACGAGAUCCCCAAAGUAGCGAAGUCAAAACCCAAAACCGACAAAGGCUCGAAAGGAGAAAAAGUUGAUGUUUUGUUGAAAGCUACUGGAGAUGCCCCAAUUUUAAAAACAAAGAAGUGGGCUGUCUUUCGUACCAAGAAGAUAAGUUGGGUGUGUGAGUUUAUUAAAAAGCUGAUGAAGUUAGACCGUUCAGAUUCACUUUUCUUCUAUGUUAAUCAGACAUUCUCUCCCUCACCUGACACAGAAGUUGGAGUUCUUUUUGAUUGUUUUGGAAGUGACGGAAAACUUGUUUUACACUACUGCCUCACACAGGCCUGGGGAUGACAACAUUACUUGGGUAUUGUGCUUAUAAAAUGAAGUGUGGAAAGACGGCAUGCAGUGUUGGUCAAAGAGUGAUUUAUUUAUUAUAACUGCUGUGUUCAGGUUUCUGCAUUCUGUGAUCAUAUGAUGAACAGACACAAUGAACAGUGCACCAUGUCCUACAAUAUCCAGUGAAACCAUCAAUGGAUAUUUUCAAACUUAAUGCAGCACAGUGAGGUUUUCAGGGCUAGCUCUGGAUGAGCAAAAUAUUUCGCCAAAUUGUCUAUUAAACUUUAAAAAUUACAGAAAUCGACAGUUAUUUUCUUUAAAAAAUGUCAAUUACCGGUAUUACAUGAAAUUAUUUUGCCAAAUUAAAAUAAAAUUUGCCAACUGCUUUCGAAAUUUGCAAAUGGCAAAUGCGAAUGCCAGAGCAAGCCCUGGUUCUGCAAAAUUUCAUGCAUAUUUACCUUCAGUCAGUGGAAUUGAUUAACAGUUGAUGUAUUGCAUAUGUUUGGUAAUUGUCAAAUAAAAGAAUAAAAUAUU